AUGCCAGGCAAGCGCUCUCGCUUAAAUCAGUCACAGAGCUUCGGCGACAUUGGCUUCGGCAACGACCGGCUGUCGCCGUGGGACGCUGGUUUCACUACUGAUAAUAUGGACGAUCAGUCUCACCAGAGGAUUAUCACGGUUUCGCCCCCUCCCCCGCUGCUUCCAAAGAAAGAGAAGGAUAUCGGAGGUGGAGUAUUGGAAACUGAGCAUUUUCUCGAGAGGUGUCACCGCUGCAUGAAGAGAUUGAGUCAAAAACAGGAUGUCUAUAUGUAUGGUUACUUGGGUGCUUUUUGUAGUCAUGAGUGCCGUGAAGCACAGAUUGCAAUUGACAGGGCAGGGCAGGAAGUCCGUGGACAAUCAAUUGGAACAAGGACUUCAAGCAGCAAGAUGAAUACAACGGGAAAGGCUUUGGCAGAACCACAGCUUGUAUAUAACUAG